AUGGUGCUGCUGCUGCUGGUGGCCAUUCCGCUGCUGGUGCACAGCUCCCGUGGGCCGGCGCACUAUGAGAUGCUGGGUCGCUGCCGCAUGGUGUGCGACCCACACGGGCCUCGAGGCCCUGGACCCGACGGCGCGCCCUCCUCCGUGCCCCCCUUCCCUCCCGGCGCCAAGGGAGAGGUGGGCAGGCGCGGGAAGGCAGGUCUGCGAGGGCCACCGGGACCCCCAGGUCCCAGAGGGCCUCCAGGAGAGCCGGGCAGGCCAGGUCCACCAGGUCCUCCCGGCCCAGGCCCUGGCGGGGUGGCGCCCCCUGCCGGCUACGUGCCUCGCAUUGCCUUCUACGCGGGUCUGCGGCGGCCACACGAAGGUUAUGAGGUGCUGCGCUUCGACGACGUGGUGACCAACGUGGGAAACGCUUACGAGGCGGCCAGCGGCAAGUUCACCUGCCCCAUGCCAGGUGUCUACUUCUUCGCUUACCAUGUGCUCAUGCGCGGCGGUGACGGCACCAGCAUGUGGGCCGACCUGAUGAAGAAUGGACAGGUCCGGGCCAGCGCCAUUGCUCAGGACGCGGACCAGAACUACGACUACGCCAGCAACAGCGUCAUCCUGCACCUGGAUGUGGGCGAUGAAGUCUUCAUCAAGCUGGACGGCGGGAAGGUGCAUGGCGGUAACACCAACAAGUACAGCACCUUCUCUGGCUUCAUCAUCUACCCGGAUUGA